AUCUUGUUUGCUGGUCGCCUAGGCAACCCGAGUUGCAGGCUGCGGCGCUUUGAGGCCUAGGCAAAGAGGGGCCUUUACGCCUCGCCUGAGCUGCUCAGCACCACUUCUGUUUUCGCCCAGCCUUUCCACGCUGAUCGCAGUUCAAAUGGAUUUGGAGAUUAAAGGAGUUGCUGCAUCUCCAAGGCAAGCACCACUGUCUGCAAGGCAAGGCAAAUAUGCUCAAGACUGGAGGCCACAAACAAAGUCAAGCCAUGGACCCCGACCAGCAGAAGUUCCAUGCCUAGACUUGGGAAAACUGGGCGAUUCAGAGGAUGAGGAUGGAGAUACCUACAAACCAUAUAGUGUUGAGCGUUCUCAUGCUGGUCCUCUACAUUCAGCUUCAACUAUUAGCUGGGGUACUCCAUUACAUACUCCUUAUGCACAGCAUUAUACUGUUCAACAGACAGCUAGAAAACCUGGUCUGAAGAAAUCUGAGUUUUCUUUAUGUGAGCAGAAUACAGUACCAGAAAACCUGCCGCCUCCAGCAGAUAAAUACAAAUUGAAAUAUCAGCAAUAUGAAGCCGAAAUGAAAGAGGAAUAUAAAUGUUAUUCUCAAAGAGCUGCAGAAAAGAAAAGGAAUAACGAGACUUUUGAACCUCCUGGAAAAAUUGAUGAGAAGGAGGAUAUACAGCCUGAAAGAAAAGAAGCAGAUGAAUUGACAGUUCUUGAUGAGAAGGCAUUUCUACAACAGUGCUAUACAAGUAAACCCUACACAAUGCAACACAGCGUAAGAAAAUUGGAAGCUGAAGAUGUUGCAGCAGAGAGAAAAAAACAAACAGUAGUGGAACAAGUGAUGAUAGAUCAAUUAUCUAGAGCCGUGAUCAGUGAUCCUGAGCAAAAUGGAAAUGGAGAUGUUUUGAAGAGUGAUCCUGUUCUUCCAGGAUUAAGGACAGCACCCCUGCGCUUUAGGAAAAGAACAUUACAUGAAACAAAGAUAAGAACUAGGUCAGCCUUAACUGAAAAUGUGCUUUCCAACAAAUUACGCUUUGAUGGUAGACUAAUAUCAAGAAAUGGGCGUGAUGCUUGUCGAGAUCUAAUUGGAUUUUUCUUUGUAUAUGACAAAUCCCUAACUGUUUAUGAAUAUAGACAGUUUGGUAAAAACAGAACAAAUGCUUUACCUUUUAUUCAGAAAGGGAUUUAUGCACAUCAGUGUGGACAAAGAAAAGGAAAGCAGUAUUGCCUUAAUGAUAUCUAUGUUGGAGCAGACCUAACAUUUUUGAGCCUUCAUCAUCCUGGUCUUCCCGAAAGUAUUAAACAGAAGACAGUAUUUACAAUCCGUGUCACAAAUAUUGAUGAAACUGCUAGGGCUUUUCUCAAGGCUUCUGAUGUGGAAAAUGAGGAACAUCUUAUCAAGCAGGAAGGUGAUGGCAAGAGUAUUUUUAGAACUCUUCAAAAUAGGCUAAGAGAAAAACUAAGUAAGAGAGGAGUUCGCAUUGUUACAGGAUUAGGGAAAUACUUCAGAGAGUUAGAAAGAAAACAGAAUGGAGUUGUCUCAAAAACAGACUUCAAGCAAGCAUUGAAAGUGUUUCAUUUAGAAGUUCCUGGAGAGGAUUUUGAAUCUCUAUGGUCAAUACUUGAUGACAACAAUAAUGGUAACAUUGAUUAUACUGACUUUACUCAUGCCAUUCUUGGAGAAAUGAAUGAAUAUAGGAAAGCAUUUGUCAGAAAAGCUUAUAUGAAGUUGGAUUACAACAAAACUGGCAGUGUGCCUAUGAUCGAUAUCAAGAAAUGUUAUUGUGCUAGAAAACAUCCCCAAGUCUUAGCAGGCAAUGCAACAGAGGAAGAAGUUAAAUCUUCGUUUCUAGAAACACUGGAGGAUGCUUGCAGCAAUCCCAAUGAAGUCUCAUUCUCUGAAUUUGAGGAUUAUUAUGAAGGAUUAAGUAUUGGAAUUAUGGAUGAUGAAGAUUUUGUUAAUACAUUAAGGAACCCUUGGGGAAUUUAAAAGUAAAUGAUAUGUGUUAACAACAUCCACAACUAGGAUGAGAAAUGAAAUGCUAGAAUUUGAGACACACUAACCUUUGAAUGACAAUUUAAUAGAUUGACUUGAAUAGUCUAAAGAUAAAUGAUGAAACAUUCCAAAUGUUCAAUGUCGUACAUAGAAACAUAUACAUUUCUUGUAUUAUUGUUAUAUGUUUAUAUGUUUUAAAAUUUCUUAAUGUAUGUAUUUUUAUACUUCUGUUUUAAAUGUCAUUUUAAUUGCAUAUUGUUGAACACAUUGAAUGGUUGCAUGGUUGUAAAGCUGCCUUGAGUUGGCUCUGGGUUGGAUAAAGGCGGGGUAGAAAUGUAAUAAACAAAUAAAUAAAUAAACUUUUGGCUUAUAUUUAGAAUCUUUUCCAACUACUGAAAGUCCUACUGGACAAGAUUCAACAUAAAAAGGAAAAAAAUUAAAAUAAAUCUGUGAAACAUGGACCUGAUAAAAGGAUAUAUGUAAUAAAAAAGGAGAUAGUUCAUAAUUUUGGCUCCAGGCCUGCCCUUGUCUUAUGCACAAGAUCAACUUACAGUCCAAUAUAUGCAAUAAUUGAUAUAGCUGGAAUUUUUCAAAAGCACAGUCAUUCCUAUGGCCUGAAUUUUCUUGAUAGUCCCAUCUAAACAAGGCAUAUCAAACUAGUUGGAUUCACAUAAGUGUGGACUCACCAUUCAAUUAUUUAUUUAUUUAUUUAUUUAUGACAUUUAUAUGCCGCCCUUCUCACCCCGAAGGGGACUCAAAGCGGCUUACAAGUCAUAUCUACAUAAAACAUACUAUAUUACUAGCAUAAUACUAAUACAUCAUUCAUAAUAUUAGUAUUAUAUAAUAUUAUAUUGUUGCUAGGGGAGGGACUUUGAUGUCGCAGGAGACAAGAUAGGACUGUCUUCUCUUCUCCCUUCUUCACUCGGUCCCAGAGUGGCCGUUGGUGGUGGGGGAAGGGCUUUGAUGUCUCAGGAGACAAGAUGGAACUGUCUUCUCUGCUUCCUUCUUCACUCUGGCCCCAGAGUGGCCGUUGGUGGUGGGGGAAGGGCUCUGAUGCCACAGGAGACAAGAUGAAACUGUCUUCUCUGCUCCCUUCUUCACUCUGGCCCCAGAGUGGCCGUUGGUGGUGGGGGAACGGCUUUGAUGUCUCAGGAGACAAGAUGGAACUGCUCCCUUCUUCACUCUGGCCCCAGAGUGGCUGUUGGUGGUGGGGGAAGGGCUCUGAUGUCGCAAGGGACAAGAUGGAACUGUCUUCUCUUCUUCACUCUGGCCCCAGCUUUGUUCUAGUUGGGACUACUAAUAAGAUUUAGGCCUAUGACUUUUAUUUGAUAGAGCUAUUUUAGUAAAUGUCUAUAGAUAGCAGAGCACAUACACAACUAUAUGGUAUUAUAGUGCUCUCUUAUCUUUUUAUGAAAUUUCUUACUAUAAAAUAGUAUUUGUGUGUCUUCUCAGCUACUUUCUGCAGCUGUAUGUACAUCAACAUACAGAAGUCUUCAUUUAUGUGCAUCAUGUGCUCUUUAAAAGAUUAUCUUGUUGCAAAUAGCAAAGGAGAAUCUUGCUAUAGUAAUUAGAAUGUAAUAAAAAUUGGACAAUGGAUUUCAUAUGUAGUUAUGAGUAAUCCCAAAUCACUCUUUCUUUAAAAAAAGAAAUUGCCCUGUUCACUUCAUUGAGAUACUCUGUUCAUAUUUUUUAAAACCACAUAUCUUUAGUUUGUAAAGGAUAUUCCAAUAUAAAUGUUAUAUUUUUUUCUUAAUAUGGAAGAUUUCUGAUUUUAAAAACAGUUUCUUGACUAUUUUUAGAAUUAUUUUGAUAUCUUACUUAAUAACUAUAAUUUGUGGUUCACAUCUAUUCCAUUGUUAUGAUCUGUCAUAAUUUUGCUAUUUUUAACCAAACCUCUUUAAAAAACAAGCAAACAUCUGAACUCAUUUCAAAGAAGCUUUUAAAGAUAUCAUUUGGCAUAAAGGUUCACAUUUCCAUUAGUACUGCUAAUAUCAUGUGUUUUUUAUUCCAUAUGUAUAAUAAUAUGGAUUGUAUUAAUUUUGAACAUGUUUCCCAUUUUUAUGGUGUAGAAGUCCUAGAAAUUAGUAUAGUCCCAUUAUAGGAGUCUUCAAAUGAAAUGUAUUAUAUAAUGCUAAUGACUUUCCAGUGCAAAUUUCAUGUGUAAUUGUGUACCAUUAAACUAUGAAUAUUUGCUACAUUUGUAAA